UGCCCAAAUCCUCGGGAGGGAGGGGCGGGCCUGGGAACGUUGCGGCGGUGGCCGCCGCUGCCCCAGCACCCAGGGUUCUUCCCUGGCUCGGCUUGCGCCCGGCACUCUUCCGCCGCCGCCUUGUUGGGCGGCGCUCACCCGGUCCCCGAUGGUGGGUCCGGAGGAUGUCGGAGCCUGUCCGGGGAGAAACCCCAAAUUGCUCCCGGUGCCGGCGCCUGAGCCCGCGGGCCUGGACGGGAAGAUGAUUCGGGCCACGGGAGGUUUUGGCGGAGGCGUAGACGCUGUGGAGCCGCCGGAGGAGGAGGAGGAGGAGGAGACGCCGCCGCCGCCGCCUCGGCAGCUCCUCCGGCGUUACCUCACGGGAGCCGGGGGGCAGCUGGAGCCUGGGCUGUGUUACUGUCCGCUCCCCGCCUGCCAGCCCCGGGCUCCGCCGCCCUUCGCAGCCCCGCGCUCGGACGCCUGCCCACCGUACGCGGGCUCCAAGCACCGCAGCUCAGAGAUGGCAGAUGCCUGCGCGGCGCGGCACGAAGGCAUGACCAACGGGGACUCGGGCUUUCUGCCGGGCCAGGACUGUCGCGACCUGGCCAGCGCUGGCGGCCGGGAGCCGCGCCACAGCUGCCUCCGCCUGGAGGGGCCUGGAGACGUGGGCGCGGACGGCGAAGGCAACCAGUCAGACUGGGCCGCGCCUCUGGAGGACCCGCUGCGGAGCUGCUGUCUGGCGGCGGCGGACACCGAAAAACCCGAGGGCACGGGUAGCGGCUCGGGGGGCAGACAGGCCAGCGACGGCAGCGGUAGCGAGGACUUAGAGCGGCCGGGAGCAGGCUCCCGGAGUCCCGAGGAGGGCGCGUCCGCCGUCACCACAGCGGAGAGGACUAGCGGGGGCGCGGACGCGGAGCCGCGCCUCCGUUUUUCAGAUGUUCACUUGAACUCUCGGAACACGUUCGAGGUGAGCCGCCGCCAGAGUGCCCGCGACCAUCUGCCUUCGGCGGUGCCGCGGGUGCCCUCGCCCGCGGCGGAGCAGGGCCCCGCGGGGACCUCGGCGCGGGCUCGACGGAGCGGCGGCUUCGCCGACUUCUUCGCCAGAAAUCUUUUUCCAAAAAGGGCAAAGGAACUCAAAUCAGUUGUACAUAGUGCUCCUGGUUGGAAAUUAUUUGGUAAAGUCCCUCCCAGAGAGAAUCUUCAGAAAACUUCCAAAAUCAUUCAGCAGGAAUAUGAAGCACGAACAGGGAGAACCUGUAAACCACCCCCUCAGUGUUCAAGACGAAAGAAUUUUGAAUUUGAGCCCCUUUCUACUACUGCCCUGAUUCUUGAGGAUCGACCAUCAAAUCUACCUGCCAAAUCUGUGGAAGAAGCUUUACGUCACCGACAAGAAUAUGAUGAGAUGGUGGCUGAGGCUAAAAAACGAGAAAUUAAAGAAGCACAUAAAAGAAAAAAAAUAAUGAAAGAACGAUUUAAACAGGAAGAAAACAUUGCAAGUGCAAUGGUAAUUUGGAUCAAUGAAAUACUACCCAAUUGGGAAGUAAUGCGUAGUACCAGAAGAGUUCGAGAAUUGUGGUGGCAGGGAUUGCCCCCUAGUGUUCGUGGGAAAGUAUGGAGUCUAGCUGUAGGAAAUGAACUAAAUAUCACUCCUGAACUUUAUGAAAUCUUCCUCUCAAGAGCAAAAGAACGGUGGAAAAGCUUCAGUGAAACAAGUUCAGAGAAUGACAUAGAAGGUGUAUCUGUUGCUGAUCGGGAAGCCAGUCUGGAAUUAAUUAAGUUGGACAUAUCCCGUACAUUUCCAUCUCUUUACAUCUUUCAGAAGGGUGGCCCAUAUCAUGAUGUCUUACAUAGUAUAUUAGGGGCAUAUACAUGUUACAGACCUGAUGUUGGUUAUGUCCAAGGCAUGUCCUUUAUAGCAGCAGUUCUCAUUCUCAACUUGGAAGAGGCAGAUGCCUUCAUUGCAUUUGCAAAUCUCCUGAAUAAGCCAUGCCAGUUAGCCUUUUUUCGUGUGGAUCACAGCAUGAUGCUGAAAUAUUUUGCAACGUUUGAAGUAUUUUUUGAAGAAAAUCUCUCCAAACUAUUUCUUCAUUUCAAAUCUUAUAGUCUUACACCAGAUAUAUACUUGAUAGACUGGAUUUUCACACUAUAUAGCAAGUCACUACCACUUGAUCUGGCCUGUCGAGUCUGGGAUGUAUUUUGCAGAGAUGGGGAGGAAUUUUUAUUUAGGACUGGAUUAGGAAUCCUCCGAUUAUAUGAAGAUAUUCUCCUGAAGAUGGACUUUAUUCAUAUAGCACAGUUUCUAACUAAAUUGCCAGAAGAUAUCACGUCAGAAAAGCUGUUCAGCUGUAUUGCAGCCAUUCAAAUGCAGAAUAGUACCAAAAAAUGGACUCAGGUCUUUGCAUCUGUGAUGAAGGAUAUUAAAGAAGGAGACAAGAAUAAUAGUCCUGCUCUGAAAAGCUAAUCUUCAAAAUUAACAGACUAAUUCCAGUAUUAAAAAUGUUUUUUGAUAAAAGUUUUUUGUUUUCUAUUAAAAAGCACGGAAGAAAAUGUUGAAGUUAAAAGAAUCAAGACAUGGAAAACUGCUGAUUUGGAAUUCCAUGGCUGAAGUAAAUGAUAACCUAUUUGACAGUAUUAAUAAAGUAUUUUAUAGGGUGAGCCAUUUUACAAAGGAAAAAGUUUAAAUGGCUAGAUCAUACUCCAUAAUUUGGAGCUAACAGUUUAAUGCAAUAAAUUUUUUUAACAGCUUUGGAUACAGUUCAGAUUUUUACAUCUUUUUUUUUUUUUUUAACAAUUAGUAUAAAGGCAUUUUGGAGGUCACAACAAGAUUGUUAGAUACUACUUUAACGUCCAAGUUACUGUUUGAAGUAAAUAGUGCUGAUCAGUUCUGAACUUUUGAAGGUAUUAUAGACCAUGAACAAGCACCUUUAAUAUUAGCUAUGUCACUGAAGUUGUGUAUCUUCACUCACAGGAUUGGGCAAAUUUGGGUUAUGUGGAAACUGGAAAUAUUGGUGGGAGUUUGUUUAGCAUUUGUUUAAAUGUUUUCCACAGUAUCAUGUCUAUUUUUUUUUUUGAAGGAAAAUUGUUUUUUUCUUUAAGGAAUACUAUCAGAGCAUUUUAGCCUGUUUCUAGUCUAAGAAAUUGUUUAUGUGGUAAUUUAAGAAAGCUGAUAGAAAGUUCUUUGCACUUUAAUGGACUGAAGAUUUUUUUGGUGAGAGUUAAGUCCAUAAAAAUAAAUGAGGUUUUUCACAGGUAAGAGUAAAAAGUAAUGAAUUCUGAGAGUUCUUAAAUACCACACUACUUGGCAAGACUUUAAAUUUGUUAAAAUUCUUUCACUGUCUGUUAGAAACAGAACUUGUAAAUUCCAGUUUGAAGUUUGAAAUCUUAAUAUGUGGUUAAGUCCAUGACUUGUAAAACACUGAGUAACUUUCUAAUCAAUGGAAAUAAUAGUGCAAGAAAAAAUUUUUUUCUAAUAAGUCUAACUUUGUUGACAUAGUAGAUAAAAGAAUGAUUAAUUAUUGGUAAGUUGACAUUGAAUUUAAUUCUUGAGCCAGAGGUAAAUCACUUGAAUAUUAUGAGUGGUAUCUAUGUAACCUAUUUGGUUAAUAAUUAGAUUUAUAGUGUGCUUUUUUUAUGUUGCAGUUUGGAUUAAAACCCUUAAGCACACCAUUUCUGUUGGUGGUAUAUAGUCUUCAAACUAACAAGCCUGAGAAUCUUGUUAGUGACUGCCUCUUUAGGAGUAUGGGACCAGACGGUACCCAUGUAUUUUUACCCCAUGGGUCAUUCUAGACUAGGGACCACUUAAGGAACCCUCAGAAGCUAACUCCUAUCAUAGGAGCUUGCUUAGUGCAAACUAGUAGUGUAAUAAAAUAUUGAGGGGGAGUACCCAGGGUGUUAAUAGAUUUUAGAAUGACAUUUUAACUCUGGUAACUAUUUCUUUGGUUUGGUGGCCUUGAUAGAGGGAUUGUAACCCCUGGAAAUAAUCUCAUUGAGGUUAGACCACCUGCCUAAAUUUAUUCUUACUUUUGUGUAUUUCUUUCCUGAGUUGGACUUAAGUUACUGUAUUUUCUCAUUUUUAUUACUGUACAGUUUCUUUACCUUUCUAGUACAAAUGUGUAUAUAAGAUGUAAAUAUAAGGAAUUCACUAAAAACCACUAUUAACAAUGAUUCUGUAAAUAAAAUCUGUAAGCAGA